AGAUCUGCAACACCAUACCAUGGUUUUAUGAUCAUGAACAGACUGAGCCUUCACAACUUGACUGAACCAAUCACUAAGGAUUUGGACUACACUCUCCAAGAACCAUUCUUGCUCUACAAGACUGCAAAAGCAAUCUGUGGGAUCUGGUUUUACAACAGGAAAGACUGUAUUAGAUUUGCAGAACUGAUUCAAAGAUUACUGGUCAAAAUUAGACAGGAAGGGUCGCAGCCAGUCGCAGCAAGUAUGCCCGCACCUACAGAUAUCCUAUCAAUGCUCAGUAAAGCACAGCAUGAAUAUAAGCAAGGUACAAAGAAGAAGAGGAGUGCUUCAGAGAGCGGUCCUUCUCCCAUAGGACCUGGUGGUGAUGCUGGUGGUGGUGGUGCAGGAGUCAUAAGACCAAUCCCUGUCAAAGUUUCACCAGGUCAUGUGUCAAAAACAGAUGAUCAGAUAACAGCACGAGGAGGAGCCAAGCCCAAGAGCAGUCCGAUGGGUCCAAGGUUUCAGAGAUCAGUUAGUAUGCAGGAUACCAGGAGUAAGACGACUACAACAUCUAGCAUAACUACCACUGCAGGUCAGGGUGAUGGUAGCAAGGUGAUUCCUGUUCUUCAGAGGCUGAUGUCACAAGGAGCUGAAGAAAGACCAGUCAUCUCAGAGAAGGUGCAGGUCCACACAUUAGAGAGUCUAGAGAAGAUGCACACAACAAAAACAACAGAGGGCGCUACUGUAGCUUCUGCAGGCAAGAAACCAGAGGUACAAAGCCUGGAGAGCAUAGAGAGCUUACAUAUACCUGGUGGAGGAGUCAGUGAUAAGAGACCAUCGGCUGCGGCUGCUGGCACAGCCGGGGCUCCUUCUAACGCUGAAUCAUCACAGCACCUCCAAAGACUUCUCCAGCGCCUUCAGAGUGGUGGAGCGGACACCGCUUCAGGACAGGGCCUGUUAGGUGCUGCACCGUCAAGCACCGCGAUUGAACCUUCACAGGAGAGAGAGACACCGGAGAAGCUACCCUCACCAUCCUCACAACAAACUGAUAUGAACCAAGCGUUGUUAGAUAAGCUGAAGUGUGGGGCGCCGCCGGUGAACCUCUUGAAACCGUCUGGUGCUACCCUGACACCUAACCUCUUGGUGUCACAGUCACCGGGUGGUACCACAGAUCCUAGUAGGGCACCACCUGCUAUGAAACAGCUUUUUCCUGCGCCGAUGGAAACGAGAAAGACCCCAUCUCCUCCCACGACAAUACUCGGUAUACCUUCCAACCUCCUUACACCCGAACUCCUUAGAACACGCUCCACCAGUGAGUCAUCAUCCACACUACUCUCACCCCUGAAACUUAGUGGUUCAGUCCAGGCUGGCCAGGGUCAGGCUGUAGGGAAGAGGCCCGAUCCAUUGCUGCAGAGGGGUGUACCGUCUCUACUCACCAAGGAGCAGUUGGCCGCAACACUAACGCAUCUCUUGAAUACUGAUGAUGAUUUCUUGAGCAAGAUCCACUCUGCAUACACCCACUCUCUUCAGCGUCAUCCCCCUUAAGACGGAUGACCUUGUUUGGUGUUCACACCCCCCUUCAUGUCCAACAGACUGCCCAUUGAAUUCUAUGGAUGAUAAACGUUAAUUGCAUCUUGUGGGAAUGCAUCGUGUAAUGAACACCCACUCUCUUCAGCGUCAUCCCCCUUAAGACCACCUUGCUUGGAUCAAGGGGACGUGUUCACACCCCCUCCACGUCCUACAAACUGCCCAUUGAAUCCUACGGAUGAUAAAUGUUCAUUGCAUGUUGUGUGAAUACAUCUCGUAAUGAACAAUCGCUGUGUUGCGUAGAAAGCGAGGUACUUAAUGACCUAAAUGUCUUAUGAAUAAUGCAUUGCAUAAACAACAACACCUAACCUUUACAUCCAUUCCUUACAGACUUUGUUGCUGUGACUGAAAUCUAGCCAUGAAUAAAACUGUUCUGGAAAUGUGUGAAAAUCAGUGCAAAAAGAUAGAAAGAAGGAGAUGACCGUAAAAAACUUAGUCGUUGAUACCUCGGCAUAAAGUAAAGUCCCUUCAAUCUCCUGCAAAAUUUGAAGGAAAUAUUGUUUAAUUAUCUCAUUAAUGCAACAUUUCAUUUGUAAAGAGCAUUUGCUGGAUUGUAUUUCUUACCAAACUAUAAACAGUUAUUAUCAAGCAAUAUAAAGAAUGAAAAGGAUUUUAAUAGUUUACAAAUUAUCAUGUACAAUGGGACAUAAGUUUAAUCUUUUUCCCUUCUCAUGUGGAUUAAUCUGUGUAAUUUUGACAAGAUGACACAAAGUUCUUAUGGUAGAACUAUAGAGUAUUACGGGGAGUCCAAAUAAGGAG